AAGUUCACAUGGGCAGGGCCCAAAGGCAUCAUUUUCCUCCUCUUUCACUGGUUCAUCAUUCUUAGGAAGAUUCAGGCUGUGGGGCUGCCUGUGUUCUAGCUUUUGUGGUAUCAAUCAGUAAAAAGAGAGUGGUUCUGAGCAUAGUGUGCUUGAGCUGUGUCUGAUUUCCCAUCAUCUGCACCUUUCCCCAUACAGCCAGGUACUUUGUUCAGUUCUAGACCCUAAACUUCUGACCUGCAGCCACAAGGAUUUCAGGAGCACUGUGGAACAUUCAGUCUCUAAACCCCAUGCUGAUUCAGGUAGCUAGCCUCCUGCUAGCCUUGGUUCCAAGAUUCUGUCCCCACUUUUUGCCCUAGUUUUUGUAAGUGGGCCCUGGUUAUUGUCCCAAUUAUUAUUAUUAUUAAUAUUAUUAUUAUUAUUAUUAAUUUUGUGAGAUGGAGUUUUGCUCUUACCACCCAGACUGGAGUGCAAUGGCGCGAUCUCAGCUCACUGCAACCUCUGCCUCCCUGGUUCAAGCGAUUUUCCUGCCUCAGCCUCCCGAGUAGCUGGGAUUACAGGCAUGUGUCACCACACCUGGCUAAUUUUUGUAUUUUUAGUAGAGAUGGGGUUUUGCCAUGUUGGCCAUGCUGGUCUUGAACUCCUGACCUCAGGUGAUCCACCUGCCUCAGCCUCCCAAAGUGUUGGGAUCACAGGCGUGAGCCACCAUGCCUGGCCCUGUCUUCCAAAAUUUGAGACUGUGAUUGGCAGUCUGACCUGUACCUCAUCACUCUAGGGCUGGAGCCCCUCCCUAGCUGGGUGGGUUCCUGCUACUGAACCCCAAUCUGGGGACUGGCACUUUGCUUCCUGUUGCAAGAUUUCCUUAGUGCCAAUUUCUAAGCAUCCCAUAUUGACAUCUUAACAUUUCCUGUUUCCUUCCACCCCAGGCCUUUGAAGAUGCUGUUUCCCCUGCCUGCACCUCUGUUCUUGUUUUUCCACUUAAAGGUCCAGCACCUCUUCUUCAUGACGCCUACCUGAUGCCCGCCUUCAUGAGGAUUUUCUCUUAGCAGCUUGCAUAUGUUCUCAUGGCCUCCUGAGCUCCCACUUAAUGGCACUUAACACAAUUUUUAUUUUAUAGUCACGUGAUCAUUCAUUGAUGUGUUUCCCAUGCUAGACUCUAGUGAGGUCCAAGGACAGGGAUGAUGUCUAUUUUGCUCACAAUUUUAUUGAGCCCUGUGAUUAGCAUGUGGUCAGUGCUUUAUACAUAUUACUAGAUGAAGUGAAUAGCUUCUGUAUGACCCCUACCUGUCCUUCCCACAGAAGUCAACUGGGGGUUACAGAAGUUAACUGGGGCUGUGUGCAGGCAUGCCGCAGAUGUGAUGCUGUGUCACUAAUCUUCUCUGUAAGUCCACACCCAGGUACCACCUUAUAAGGCAUAAAUCAUAAAACAAAUGUACAGAACGGGACAACUGAAAUUCUCACUCAACAUUCUGCCUUGUUUAUUGAAAGUCUCUGGGUAUGCAUGUUUAUUACUUAAUUUUCCUGGCAUAAGGAAUUUGAUAGCUAUUAUAUAUCAUUGUUCUCCAAGUUUACUAUGCUUCCUUGAACUCAGAGGCAGUCAACCGUUCACCCUUUCAUAUUAAUCGUUUUCUUCUUUUAAUCACACAAGAAUUCUAUUCCUGGCUGGGCGCGGUGGCUCACACCUAUAAUCCCAGCACUUUGGGAGGCCGAGGUGGACAGAUCACUUGAGGCCAAGAGUUCAAGACCAGCCUGACCAACAUGGUGAAACCCUGUCUUUAUGAAAAAUACAAGAAUUAGCUGGGCGUGGUGGCAGGCGCCUGUAAUCCCAGCUACUCGUGAUAACAAUCCAUAUUCCUCAUUUGGAGCAACUCUGGUGAGGGAUGAUGAGAAGAAUUUAUGGAGUAUGCCCCAUGAUGUGUCCCACACAGAGGCAGAUGACGACAGAACCCUGUACAAUUUGAUAGUCAUUCGUAAUCAGCAGGCCAAAGACUCAGAGGAGUGGCAGAAACUCAACUAUGAUAUCCAUACCCUGCGGCAGGUUCGAAGGGAAGUAAGAAACAGAUGGAAGCGCAUCUUAGAAGAUUUAGGUUUUCAAAAGGAAGCUGACUCUUUGUUGUCAGUGACUAAACUCAGCACCAUCAGUGAUUCUAAAAACACAAGGAAAGCUCGAGAGAUGUUGUUAAAACUGGCUGAAGAAACCAGUAUUUUCCCAACAAGUUGGGAGCUCUCAGAGAGAUAUCUCUUUGUUGUGGACCGUCUCAUUGCACUUGAUGCUGCAGAAGAGUUCUUUAAGCUUGCUCGUCGAACUUACCCCAGGAAGCCUGGGGUUCCAUGCCUGGCAGAUGACCAGAAAGAACUGCACUAUCUUCCAUUUCCAAGUCCCUAAAGGAGAGGCUCAGGGGCAGAAUGGGAAUUCUUCCAUGAGGACUCAGCAGUCAACCAAAGUUGGACAAUUACAUGUAGAAGAGAGUGAGCAAAUAGAGUUUGCUUAGUGACAAAUGAUACUGAAUUCUACAUAAAUGUAAAGUCUUUAAUCUGAGGACCCUGCCCCGUGAAUUGUGCAGGCUGCACUGAAACGCCUUGGUGAUCUCACAUUUAGGAAGAAAGUUAAAGAGUUGGUCAGAUGGAUAGUUCAUAAUGGGUGCUUCCAUUGUGAGAGCCCGUUGCCCCAGCUUUGGUUUUGGUUGUGUCAUAAUCUCUGAUUAUUAAUCCUACUGACUGAGUGGACUAUUUCAGUUAAUAAAACAAUAUGAUUAAUAGAGAGAGCUGUCAUUGAGUCCCAAAAUGGAUUGCCAGUUUUAAAAUAAUUAUUAUAAAAUGUAUGCUAACCCCAAAAUAAUACUAGGCAUGAUGUGACCUCUCUGAUUUGGUCACCUUGUAGAACCUUGGAGGGUGUCAGGGCAUCUCUUUGAUUAUCAGUUAUGAUUAUUCAGAAGUAUAGAUGUAUCAGAUGAUAGAAAUGACAAGGAAUGGCUGGGCGCAGUGGCUCAUGCCUGUAAUCCCAGCACUUUGGGAGGCCAAGGUGCGUGGAUCAUGAGGUCAGGAGUUCGAGACCAGCCUGACCAACAUGGUGAAACCCGGUCUUUACUAAAAAUACAAAAAUUAGCCAGGUGUGAUGGCAUGCGCUUGUAAUCCCAGCUACCCAGGAGGCUGAGGUAGGAGAAUCGCUUGAACCCGGGCAGUGGAGGUUACAGUGAGCUGAGAUUGCACCAUUGCACUCCAGCCUAGGCGACAGAGCAAGACUCCGUCUCAAAAAAAAAAAAAAAAAAAAAAAAAAAAGAAAUGACAAGGAGUGCUGCUCAGAAGGGAGACCCAAAUGGAACUUCCUACAGCUGCAUUUAAAGAGUUAUGUGCUCAUGUGUGGCACAUGCAUUUUAAAUUCCCAACAUUAUUGAUAUCUGGUUCUCUCAUCUUUAUAUAUUGUCCAUUUCUAUUCCAAAAGCCUUUGGCUUUUUUUUUUUUUUUUUUUUUUUGAUGGAGUCUCGCUCUGUUGCCCAGGCUAGAGUACAGUGGUGCAAUCUCGGCUCACUGCAACCUCUGCCUUCCGGGUUCAAGUGAUUCCCCUGCCUCAGCCUCUGGAGUAGCUGGGAAUACUGGCGCGUGCCACCACACCCAGCUAAUUUUUUGUAUUUUUAGUAGAGACGGGGUUUCACCAUGUUAGCCAGGAUGGUCUCGAUCUCCUGACCUCGUCAUCUGCCUGCCCCAGCCUCCCAAAGUGCUGGGAUUACAGGCGUGAGUCACCACGCCCGGCCAAGCCCUUGGCAUUUUGUCUGGAAUAGCAUUUGUAAACUGGAAUGUUUGACCUCUGUUUUCUUCUCUCGUCUUUCAUCUGUUUCUGAUUCGUUGGCUGGCAGCUGCACCUGUGGGGUGACCUCUCAUGCAGACUUGCACAUAUGCAGGGAGUAUUGCAUUGAAGAUCUUUGCUGGACCUUCUUCUGUUCAGAAGAUAAUUUUCAAAAGGGAGCAAUGCUGCGAAUGCAGCUUGC